ACACAUCGACAUGCGCCGCUGUCGCAGCCGCCGCUCAGCCAACCAGUGCUGUGUUUUGAUUUAAUGGAUCACAGCAUCUGGCACCUUUUCACUGAUUUUCUGUGCUAUUUUAAAUCGUAUUAAAGUCCUGUUUGAUGUUUCUUUAAUGCAACACAACAACCGGUGAAGUGUUCAUCCCGACACAGCCCCGUUAGGCUGUGGUGUUUGCACUGUGGCUGGGAUGUAGUCAACGCUAGCUGGAGCGCCUGGACGGAACCAGCUCCUGUGUUUUCGGACCUGCUUUGUUAACAGUGAUUAGCCGGAUCCAGUUUUCUCUGGAAUGCAUCUCUCCAAGAAGUGUUCCGUGUUCAAAGUGGUGCUGAGUGCCCUUCUGAUCGUGGCGCUGCUGCAGCUCAUUUACCUGUCCUUCCUGUCCAGGUUCCACGGGAAGCAGCAGCGCUACCGCUACUCGGAGCUCUUUGGAGGCUCCGCGGCCAAGAAGAAUGCGCACCCCGAGAAAAACACGCGGAAGGAGCGGCUGAGGUACUCUCUGUCCAGUGGUGGGAUCUUUGACAACAGCGGCCAGUACAGAGUAUACAAAAACUUGAUAAAGAGUGAUUUCACAACGAAUCAGAAACCAGGUUCCCACUCAAACUCUGACAUCCUGACACUAGCCACUCAUACCACCAUCAACAACCUGCACCACCUGGAAUCUCUGCUGGAAAGAUGGCAGAAUCCUCUCUCUGUGGCGAUAUUUGCACACGGGGAAGAUGUUAAAUUUGCCACGGCUCUGGUUUAUGCACUCAGCUUCUUCUGCCCUCAAAUCCAAGCCCUUGUGGACUUCCACUUGGUCUGCCUGUCAGGAGAGACAGCCAGUUUCCCUGAACAGGACCGGGAACACUUUGCUGGCCUGGAAGACUGCACUUCUGUGUUCUCCAGACUGGAAACCCACAGGGAUAAAUACCAAAACUACGCCAUGAGCGGAAACAUCUCAUACCCAAACAACCUUCUCCGCAACGUCGCCCGAGGUGGCACAGAGUCGUCCUACAUCCUGGUCAUUGACAUCGACAUGAUGCCGAGCGCUGACCUCCACCAGCAGUUCCUCGCCAUGAUCCUGAGGCGGGCACCGGCGGUCGAUGAGGUGUUUGUCCUCCCUGCUUUUGAGAUCCGCCAUGCCAGGAAGAUUCCCUCGACGAAGGCGGAGUUGGUACAGCUUUACCAGGUGGGAGAAGUCCGGCCGUUUUAUGAGGAGUUGUGUCCACGCUGUCAGGCUCCCACCAACUACUCCCAGUGGGUCAACAGCCACGUUAGAGAGACAGGCACCCUGGACGUUGCUUACACACUCAACUGGGUGGACCCCUGGGAGCCCUUCUACAUCGGGCCUCGAACUGUCCCCUUAUAUGACGAGAACUUCAAGCAGUAUGGCUUCAAUCGAAUCAGCCAGGCGUGCGAGCUGCAUGUGGCUGGAUUCAGGUUCUCUGUGCUGAGCUCGGCCUUCGUUGUUCACCGCGGCUUCAAGAUCCACGGGGAGUUCCACGCCAAGAAAGAGGAGGAGAACAAACAGAACCGGAUUUUGUUUCGCAGCUUCAAAGAGGGUCUGAAAACCAAAUACCCGUCCUCUACCCGACGAUGCUGAGGGGGGAAAAAAGAUGACUGUCCAACUUUUAAAGUUACGACAUAGAUGUUUGGGGGGUUUUUCAGCUUGUUCUCCUACUUCCUAUAUAUAAUAUUUAAAGUCUAUCUAAAAAAUAGACUGCACAUAAAGUUUAUAAUAGGAUUUAAAAAAAAAAUGGGUCAAUAAUAAUUCAGUUUAUUGCAUUCUGGUUCAAAUGCAACCAGAAUUAGCAUAAUAAAAUUCACACAGAUUGAAUUUUAUUGGGUAAAAUCUAAACAUAUGAGGUCUUACUUUAUACAUUAUGUUGAUAUCCAGAUACAAAAGUA